GCCAAUACACAUGGGAUUGCGGCGGGAAACUGAAAGAACUUUGUAAACAAAACAUCGGUAAUGACACAUGUUUUUAUGCAAUGAAGAGGGUGUUUCAAUCUUAAACGUGUUACUAUAUAUUGUAUAGUAGUUUAUUAACCUGUGGAAAGAUGGCACACAGAGGCUUACUGAAACAGAAAGUGGUUGAAAAGAUUGGAAAUAUAUGUGAACAAAAGGACAAUUUAUUUACAAUUGUCCAGAACUUUGUUGUGGAGGCCAACAAACAAUGCAACAAGAUUUUAGUUGAGAAAGACGACACAUUUCUGUUAGAAUCAUACAUGGAACUUAUGAAGAUACUAGACCAAUGUUUAAACUCCUGUGUCAUGUUAACAGCAGUGGCUGAUACAUUACAAGAUAGUUUUUGCAAGUCUAUGAAUGAUUUACUUGGUGUUCGAGGUGAUGAUUGUGAGUCUGUUACAUCUAACUCACCAAUUCCAGGUACACCAAUAGAGAUUGAGAGGGAUCUGAGGCAUACAAAGACACCUAACAGUACACAAAAUAUUCCCAACAAUGAUGUGAAAGGGUCAUCACCAUUUCAAGAGAAAUAUUCUGAUGCAUCAUCCAAGUUAGAUAACUCUUCAGUAACUGAGGACAGUACUGAAUAUACCAAGUCUUUGUUGGUAAACCAGAUACCAGGAAAUCAGUAUAAUGAUAUAGAGGUGUAUAUUGGAAAUCUGGAAGAAUCUGUGACAAAGCCUGAUGUGGAAGAAUUAGUAAGAGAUUUUCACCCUACAAUUGUGAGAGUAAGAACAAAUAAGGAAGAUAGAAGAAAAGUGUUUGCUUUUGUUAAAUUCAGACAGUUGUCCCAUGCAGAAAAUUGUGUAAGAACAAUAAAUGAAAUUUGUCACAGAGGAAGAUUUAUAAAAGCUCGUUUAUCUGGAGCAUCAUUGGACAAAGAGAAGAAAGAAAAUUAUGUUUAUCAAGUAAAAACACCAACAUCAAGUCUCACAACAGAAAAUGACUCCUGUUAUAACGAGUUAAAGCCAGAUGUACAUGGGCGUUUCAGCCUGUGUUAUCCAAGGGACAAUGAAUCUCCUGGAACAUCAUCUCAGGCUGUUGCUGAGAAAUUCAACAUGAUCAAUGACUUCAGAGAGGUUCAUUUUACCACAGGAAUGAUCUUUGUGAGGUUUACAUCUAAGAAAGGAGCAGUGGAAGCCUUUGAAAAGUUUUACAAAGAACUGGAUAUGAGAGUAGCUCAUAACAAACAUGACAGAAGAAAACAGUUUGAAACAACAAGACAAUGGAACAAGGGAUCGUUUCAAAGUAAAUCCUUACAUCAAAUUACCUCAGAACAUUUAAACAAGCAAUAUUCACAUCCAACCACAGAAGUUUCUAACAAUAUGACAUCACAUGGUAACUCAUCUUCUCUAGUUGAUACAAAACAUAAAAGCAUAGGCACAGCUUACAGUUAUUCCACGGAUGAAGAGAAAACAGAGCCAUCGCAUUAUGAACAAACAAGUCAUGGAACAUGUGCAAGUUGGGGUAAAGAGACAGAAUAUCAGAAAUGGACUAUGCCAGGUGGAAAUUCAGAUGAUCAAGAGGCUAUUGAUGAGGAAAUGAAAAGUAUUUCUGUAAGUCAAGUAAUAAAUCUACUUGAAUCCUAA